AUGUUCCUGCAAGGAUCUAUGAAAGAUACUUCACACUGGAAUUCACUAAACCCAACAUCCAACACAUCACCCAACCCAUUACUCAACCCAUCAAACAACACAUCACUCAACACAUCACUCAACACAUCACUCAACACAUCACUCAACACAUCACGCAACCCAUCACUCAAACACAUCACUCAACACAUCACUAAACCCAUCACUCAUCAACACAUCACCCAACCCAUCACCCAACACAUCACCCAACCCAUAACACAUCAUCAUCACCAACCAUCACCUAUCAACACAUCAAACCAUCAUCACCCAACAACAUCACCCAACACAUCACCUAACACAUCACACAACACAUCACACAACACAUCAGCCAACUCAACAUCAUCAUCACACAACACAUCACCCAUCACCACAUCAUCACCCUCAACACAUCACUCAACACAUCACUCAACCCAUCACCCCAACCCAUCACUCAUCAUCACAUCAACCAUCACCCACCCAACCAUCAUCAACCAUACAACACAUCACAUCACCCAACCCAUCACCCAACACAUCACCCAACAUAUCACCCAACACAUCACAUCAUCACAUCACCCAACCCAUCACUCACCCAAUCCCAUCACACAACACAUCACAUCACCCAACACAUCACCCAACAUC